AUCCUGAUUGAAAAAGAUACACAAUCCCUAAUGGACUUUGCUUUGAAACAAUCCAUUUCAAAGAAGGAAGAGCAUGAACACGCUCGUCUUCAAGUUUGGCAAUACAUAUUUGGUUUCGUUGAAAUGGCAAUCAUAAAAUGUGCGAUAGAACUCAAAAUUGGUGACACAAUCGAUAGCCAUGGAGGCCUCAUCACACUCCCCGAGCUAUCAUCUUCUUUAAAUUGUUCUUCCUCACUCCUACACCGCAUCAUGCGAUUCUUGGUUCAUCGUGGAAUUUUCAAACAAGAAAUCACAGACGAAAAUCUCACAUGCUAUAGCCAUACACCUUUGUCUCGGCUGCUUGCCAGUAGCAGCGACAGCAGCAUGGCUCCACUUCUUCUAUUCGAGAGCAACCCAGUGAUGCUCGCACCAUGGCAUAGCCUCAGCGCGCGAAUUAAAGGGAAUGAAGCCAUACCAUUUGAGGCUGCUCAUGGCAAAGAUAUGUGGAGCUAUGCAGCAGCUAACCCAACACACAAUGCAAUGUUCAAUGAUGCUAUGGCAUGCUCUGCGAGGGUGAUGAGUGUGCCUGCAAUACUUGAAGAUUGUGGAGAGAUUUUUGAAGGAGUCGAGUGUUUAGUGGAUGUGGGUGGAGGGAAUGGUACAAGCUUGAGCAUGAUAGUCAAGGCUUGCCCAUGGAUUAAAGGCAUCAACUUUGAUCUUCCACAUGUUGUUGCUUCUUCACCACCAUACAUUGGUGUUCAACAUGUUGGUGGCAAUAUGUUUGAUUGCAUUCCCAAGGCUGAUGCUGCUUUCCUCAUGGUAUACAUGCAUGAUUAA